AUAGUAGUGGUAGCUGCAGCCUCUAGAACCACUUGGAGAGUUACAGUACACCACCACAUUCCGGCCUUCCUUCUCAUCAAAUCUCCAAUCACUACAACCUACCUGCUUUUUCCGGCCACAUUCUCUUGCCGGAAAGGGGAUGGAACGGCUUUGGAGUUGGGUCUGCAGAAAGGGGCCGUCAGGAUUUGGGGCUUGUUCUACUGCGGAGGAAGUUACAGAGGGCAUCGAUGCUUCCAACAUCACCGCCAUUGUCACAGGGGCUACCAGUGGGAUCGGCAUGGAGACUGCGAGAGUUCUUGCACUGAGGGGAGCGACUGUGAUCAUACCUGCAAGGAGCAAGGAGAGUGGGGAGAAAGCGAAGGAGAAGAUUGUGGAGGAAGUGGCGGAUGCCAAGAUCGAAGUGAUGGAGCUGGACCUCGGCUCCCUCGCUUCCGUCAGGUCAUUCGCUGCCGCUUUCCUCUCCUCAAACAGACCCCUCAACCUUCUCAUAAAUAAUGCAGGCAUUUAUGGAGUUCCCUUCCAACUUUCUAGAGAUGGAAUAGAGCUGCAAUUUGCCACUAAUCACAUUGGGCAUUUCUUGCUGACAAAUCUUUUGCUGGAGAAGAUGAAAGCCACUGCUCGGGAAAGCGGAAUAGAAGGAAGAAUCGUGAUCGUGGCAUCGAAAGUCCACAGCAUAACUUACAAAUCUGGCAUUCGGUUUGAAAAGAUCAAUAAUCGUUUGGGGUACGGACCAUUUUACGCCUACGGGGAGUCCAAACUCGCCAACAUUCUUCACGCCAAAGAACUUGCUCGACGCCUACAGGAGGAGGGAGCACAGGUAACGGUCAACUCUCUCCAUCCUGGAGUGAUACGAACAAACAUAAUGCGGACCACCAAAUAUUUAGCUGUUGGUGCUUCUAUGGUGAGUUUCUUCAUGAAGAAUGCCCAGCAGGGGGCUGCAACAACCUGUUAUCUGGCUCUCCACCCAAACACGAAAGGCGUUUCCGGCAAGUAUUUCAGUGACUGCAACGAGGACAAGCCGACAGCUUUUGGCCGGGACGCCGAUCUAGCGAAGAAGCUUUGGGAAUUCAGUGAAAAAAUGAUAAGCACAAAGCUACCACAGCAAUAGUUUCCAUCAAUCUUGCAAUCACAUCAAACUUAGGGUUUACAAAGAAUCAGAGUUCACUACAAGUUCUUUCAUAGCUUGGGUCAUUCUUUCACUUCCAUAUCAACAAAGAGGCCCACGUGUGCACUGAGUUGCUAUGAUGUUAAGUUACUGCUUUGAAGGAAAAAGAGAAAAAGAAACAAAAAGUUGCCAAUAAACUUCUCUAUAUUGCUCUUGCUUUUGUUAUUGUCCUGUCCUCUUCUUUUAACUUUGUUUUUGAUAAAUUUGUAAUGGUAAAGGACAAAAUGAAAUAGAUAAAGAAAACUUUUAGAGUGCCUGUAUU